AUGAGUGAUCUGCUCAACUUCAUAUUAUCGAAUGAAGCCUUCAAGAGGCGCCUGGGUUCCCUCUACUCCGAUUUUCCUCUCCAGCAAGACCCGGACGGAUAUGCCAUCAACAUAGCAGCAUGGCAAAAGGCUCUAGCCGAUGCCACUCUGGCAGGGCUCAUUCCAACACCCGUCAAAGGAGGGAAGCUAAAUGUCACCGGUGGUGCGAAAUCUCACCAGAGCAACUCCCUUGUGCUGAGCACAAGUAACACUCUAAGUGCGGCGUUGGAGACACGAGAAUGGGGACGACCACUAGCUUUGCAAGCUGUGAUUGAUGAGUCCCUCCGAACAGGUAAAAUGAUUGCACUCCCAGAGUUUUUGAAUAGUCCCACCAGUCCGUUCAAAAAAAGUUGGAUUCGGUUACCGGCCGCGCCGUCUAUAUCCCAGAUAUUAGGAUGGGGUGUGAAACAGGCUCGUGGCCUGAUUGUUGGCACCGACUACGACCACGUUGAGAGCUCGAAGAAUUUACAGGAACAAGAUUUGGUAUUAGUUGACAAUCUCAAGGAAGCUGAGAAACGAAUUACGAAAGAGGCGUCCGCUCACCAUCAAUCGGGAAUAGACAGAAUUUAUUCCAAAGAACUGUUUCGAGCCCGGUUCUCUUAUCUCAUAGGUGCAAAUGCCGAGUUGUCCCCAACAGAUCUUGAAGUGCUCCUGAUCUUCCUAUCGCGAGAUCGAGGAUCUAUCCUAUAUGAUGGAGAGACAAUAAAAUUUAGAGAGACGAACGAUAAAACCUUGCACAUAACACACGAGGACAAGACCGUAGCAUCGCUCAAGAUGUUAAUUUCUAAUAUAACAGUCCAAAUAGCGAGUCUAGAUGCAAAAAUUCGAGAACUCACGCUUGCCGCUCAGAACGCUCUCAAAAACAAAAAUCGAAUUUUAGCUCUAUCUGCUCUCCGUUCUAAAAAAUUAGCGGAGCGGAACCUGCAGCAGAGAUCGGACACAUUGUACCAGUUAGAAGAAGUUUAUACAAAAAUCGAGCAAGCUGUGGGCCAAGUGGAUAUCAUAAGAGUUAUGGAAGCCAGCACAGGUGUCCUCCGAGGACUGAAUGAGCAGGUUGGAGGUGUUGAGAAGGUUGAAGAUGUGGUCGAAGAGCUACGGAAGGAGAUGGCGAAUGUUGACGAGGUUGGCAACAUAAUGAACGAGGCCGCUCCAGUGAUCGAUGAGGGUGAACUCGAUGAUGAGCUGGAAGCAAUGGAGGCACAAGAGGAAGAGGCCCGUCAAGAGAAGGAAGCGAAAGCCACCAGAGAGAAACUGGCGGAGUUGGACAAGUUAAAACUCCUUGGACCCGAAGAAAGGGCAAAGGUACCAUCUACUGCCAUAUCGAACGCGGAACUGGAGGAGAGCAUUAACAAGCUUUCCCAGAUGUCGAUUAACGACAGUGGUUUGAAAAGCAGUGAAGAAACAAGGGUGCAUGCCGACUGA